AGUACAACCGUACAGUAGUUUGUUACCUUGGAAAAGAGGGUAACAAAGUCUUGAAAACUGGAAAUUCACGAGAGGGGGUGGUAGAUUGGAAUGGUAACUCUCGGACAAAUGCCACACGAGAGGAAUUGAUCAUUGAGAUAGUAAUAACAAUGGAGGACUCUUUAGGAGGGGACAAGGAAGACAAAGAAUUCAAUUUGAUGGAUGUGGUAGCAGCCCGAAUUCAAAGCAGUACUAGUAGUACGAAUGUUGACCGUGUUAUUGACAAUGGUAAUGACUGUCACAAGGAAGAGGAGCGAGAGAUCAUGGAAGACUGCGCUGAAGAAGAUGAUGUAAGAUUCCUUUUGAAACUCGUGCACGAGAGACAGCAUCAACACCGACAGCACGAUGACAGUGAAAUUACCACAGAAGGUAUCCCUGGUGCCUAUGCGGCCUCACCCGGGGCUGGAUCACAACGCCGGAGCCACGGUUCCUUGACAUCAUCAACCAACACCGCAGACAACUUGGAACGUCAGAUCCAACGUGAACACGUUUCGGUGGAAUUUGAUUCUGAGACGAUGGAACCAACUACUUCUGUUACUAGGACCGAAGAUUACAAGUUGGUGUCACCACUCUCAGAAGCUGCCACUCAUGAAUCACCACCUCACAAGGACGUUACCUUACCCAAUCGAAUGCAAUGGGAAGGAGGAUGCGAUGAAGAACAAGACAUUCCGCAGCCUGUGGGUCUACGACGAGAACAAGGACUUGGCCCAGCCGGUAUCAGUCGUCCAGGCGCCUUUCCCUGCUAUAGUACUCGGACGAUUGAUGCCACUACAGAGACACAAACACAAGAAGAUAGUGUUAUGGAACCAGUAGUAAACUCGACACUUGGCAACGAAAUUGCUCCUGCGGAAAACUACCAUGACAGUGGUUUGGCCAUGGCUCAUCCUGUACUCGACGAUGAAGGAACCCAUCCCAAUAAUUUGACACUGGCGCAGGAUUACGAUGUCGAAUCCAAAGACCGAAUUAGAGAAAAGAGAAUGAAAGAAUUCAAAACCAAGAUCUUCUUGGCUGUCAUUGGCUUGCUGGUCAUCACUCUCAUUUUGGUUGCCAUUGUGACACCCGGAAACAAAAAUACGGUGGAAGCUUCCAAGCCCACCGAGGGACCCACCCACAACCCAUCGCAGUCACCCACUUUGUACUCCGAUUAUUGGCUGUCUCUGUUCCCAACAAACACCAAGACUGCCAUUUUGAAUUCUAUCGACUCGCCUCAGACCAAAGCCUACAUUUGGCUCUUGGAGGACAUUGAAAGUUUACCGUUUCUUUCUCACCAUAGGAUCAAGCAAAAGUUCGCGCUGGCCGUCCUCUACUUUGCCACUGGUGGAGAAAACUGGCUGACAAGCACCAACUGGCUCAACCAUACUGUCCAUGAAUGUGAUUGGUUCACCCAGCCUACUUUUUCCAGGAAGCAUGUAAUGUCUAAGGUUUUCCCAGGCUUCUUGGCUGGUUUUUUGGAGCCUCCACCAUCAACAAACUGUGACAAUGAUGGGCAGUAUCUCCAUCUCUGGCUGGACCAAAACGAUCUUGGUGGUUCUUUGCCAGAAGAACUUUACAUGCUGACUUCAUUACAAACACUGUCAAUUGAUGGAAGCAAUCUAGUAGGCACCAUUUCAAGCUUGAUUGGGCAGCUGAACAACCUGAAAGGUCUGUCCUACGUUGACUCGCUGAUGACAGGCACAAUCCCAAGCGAAGUUGGCUUGUUCUCGAACAUGAGCAGCCUUCUCCUCAGUCGCAAUAAGCUGGAUGGGCCCAUUCCUUCAGAGCUCUGGAGUUUAACCAAGCUUGACACCAUAAUCCUGACACGCAAAAAUCUGCAGGGCAAAUUGCCCACAGAGCUUGGUAUCUUUUCAAAGCUAAGAUGGAUUAUUUUGGAAGGUGUCCAUCUCACAGGGAUAAUUCCCACGGAACUUGGACAGAUUGAGACCUUUGAAAAGUUUAUUCUCUAUCACAACCAAUAUUCAGGAACUUUACCAAGUGAGAUUGGAAUGCUUUCCAACAUGUCAAUGCUGACACUCUCUAAUAAUAACAUGGUUGGAACCUUGCCCAGCGAAUUGGGCUUGCUCACUGGGCUUACUGGGCUGUUCGUCCGGAACAACCAACUAUCAUCCCAAAUUCCAAGUGAAAUCGGUCUCCUAACAAAUCUGGUGGUAGCCCUAAACUUCCAGGACAAUGAGUUCCUCACUGGGACUAUCCCGACAGAGCUGGGCCAAUUGACUCAGCUGCAUUUUUUGAAAAUCCAAGGAAACCAGCUCUCUGGAAAGAUCCCCACUGAAUUUGGUGGACUCAGUGCUCUUGGUGCUUUGAAUUUGGCCAGCAACAACUUGUCUGGUUUAGUCCCUCAAGAAUUGUCAGCUUUGCAAGAAACUCUCCACACACUUGCACUGCAUGGGAACCCAUUGUUGGAUGGUACUAUCCCUGAUGCCGUUUGCAGUCUGAAUGGUACCUGCACAAAGUUUCCAACCAAGCUGGAUUCCUGUGCUGGACCUCAAGGUUUGUUGUUUGAUUGCACUGAUUUGCUGUGCGGCUGCGGCUGCUCCUGCGAGGAUUCAAAGAUUCAAAAUGAAGGAAGUAGAAGCUGAGCUACUAUUGUUCCCCAGUCAAAAGCAGGCCUGCGUUUCAAGACCGGGUCGAUCUUUGGCCAUUCCUUCUGAAUUCAAUUAUGCAUAGCUCCGCUACACAUAGUACACCUGUCCACAUGCUCAAAGCUGUACUUUAGCAGCUCCUUAG